AUGUCCGAUGUUAUCGCAUCCAAGGAAGAAGUUCUGGCGGUUUUCGGCAAGCUAAAGCAGAACCCGGCCAACCAGGUGUGUUUUGACUGCCUGAACAAAAACCCAACAUGGUCGUCGAUUCCUUUUGGAAUUAUGCUUUGUUUGGAAUGUUCUGCCGUUCAUCGUAAUCUCGGUGUUCAUGUUUCGUUUGUUAAAUCACUGAAUCUUGACUCAUGGCAGAGAAUCCAGCUCCGUCACUUUAAGUUUGGUGGCAAUUCUACGGCAAAAGAGUUUUUUAUGAAAAAUGGUGCUUCACAGUAUGUGUCUCGAACCAACGGUGUGGACGCUACAGCGAAAUACACUUGUAAUGCCGCCGUGAAAUACAAGGAAAAAUUGAAGCAGAAGGCACAACUGGAUGCAAUUAAACACCCAGACAUCGUCACCAUGGAAGAUGCUUCUGAUUCCAUCUCCAUUAGUGAACCUUCAAGUGCCACCGGUUCCACCGAUGAUUUCUUUUCCAACUGGACAAAACCAGUUGCCACAUCGAGGAGCGCCACUCCUGGUGUCAAUGGAGACAGCUCAUCAAUCGUUUCUGGAGGAAGCACCGGCAGUGGAGUUGGUACUCCCACCAGUGAACCUUCCAAGCCAACCACCAGCGCCAGUGCAUCUCGUCGCUUGGCCAGUAGAACUGCCGCUGGCAACGCCAAGAAGUCUAUUUUAUCAUCCAAGGGUAGUGGGCCCCGUAACUCAAGACUAGCAGCACGUAAGAUCAAUAAGCAAGAAGAUAUCGAUUUCGAAGCCAUCGAAAAGAAGGCGAAAGAAGAGGCAGAGGAAGCAAAGAGAUUGGGAUACAAGCCAGAAGAAACCGAAUCAACAGAACCGCUAAAGUCUUCGAGUGUUCCUGCUGAAUCCAAACCAUCGGGAUUGUCAUUAUCGUCUAGAAAGGACUCCAAUUCCAGUGCACCAGCACCUGCCAUCAAAGAAACAACUCAACAAUUCCAAAAAUUAGGAUUUGGAAUGAGUAAGGGUGCCAACACCAAUGCGUCAGAGACGGGCAAGAAAUACAAGGAGGUGAAAUACACAGGAGAGGUCAGCAAUAAGUAUGGAACUCAAAAAGGAAUUUCUUCGGAUGAGUUCUUUGGUCGUGGGCCGCGGUUUGAUGAGAACGCCAAGAGAGAAGCACAAAGCAAGUUGCAGGCAUUUGGCGGUGCUCAAUCGAUCUCGUCGGCAUCGUACUUUGGAGAAGACGAACAACAAGCCGAAAUGGGCCGUGGUCGUAGUGUGAGUGGAGGAUUUGGCGAUUUGGAAAAUACCGCCAGAGAGUUUGCAUCACGAUUCAGCGGCAACACAAACCAAGAUAUGGAGGUUUUGAAAGAUGCGUUGGAAGAGGGUGCAAACAAGUUGGGAAGUUAUUUAAGAGACUUCUUGCGUUAG